GUCUCAUCCGCCUUUUAGGAACCUUUGAGUUCACAGGGAUUCAGCUCGGACGUGUCAUGGGUACAGACAACUGAAAGGACACUAUUGAUAUACAUGACUCUCUUCGGUUCCUGCCAUACAGGGAUAAAUCUGGCGUGCUAAAAGUUUGACCACAGUGGUUUGUAUCAUUUUCGGUACCGUGCUGGAUCUGGGUACCUGCUCAUGUGAGUUUUCCUCCAGCUAUGGAACCCUGGCCUCUCAUGGCCUGGGGCCUGAUGCUGACCGCCAUCAUCAAAGCGGUUCAAUCGAGGGACUUCACAGAAAAAGACAUUAUUUUUCUACAUCCCUCAACAACUCCAUAUCCAGGAGGAUUUAAAUGUUUUACCUGUGAAGAUGCACCUGACAACUAUGAAUGCAACCGCUGGGCUCCAGAUCUCUACUGUCCACGAGAGAGCAGAUAUUGCUACACGCAACAUAAGAUGAGCUGGGAUGGAAACACAGAGUCGGUGACAAAGCGUUGCGUGGCGCUGGAAGACUGUCUGGAAACAGGGUGCUCUGAGAUAAACCAUGAAGGAAACAAGGUGUGCACAUCCUGUUGUGAGGGGAACAUCUGCAACUUGCCCCUCCCACGAAACGAGACCGAUGCCAUCUUUGCCACCACGUCUCCUAUUAACAACAGCGUUGAACCAGCACAGAGUCCCAUGCUGCUGCUCUCUGUCUGUAUCAUCAGCCUGAUGCUCCACAGUAUUAACUGAGACAAUCAUCCAGAGCGGAAUAAACCCUAAUAGCAGUCAUUUAGGAAACCACUGACUCAUGCCAGUCAGCUGAGGGCUUUGCUUUUUCUCAGAAUGAAGUGUUAGUUCUUGGACUUUUUAUGUCAUUUGAAUACAUUUUUAUGAAUCGUAUACUAAUGUGUGGUUUCGCUCAAGCUAAGUGGACUUGUCUAAUAGUCAUGUUUUCGUGAUGGAUGUGGGAUGGGGAUAUUUAUGGCAAAACUGACACAAACCUGCACAUUUUUUGUUUCAAAAGUGAGUCGUGUUUUCUACAUUUGUAUAGAUAUAUUUAUUUUUUUAUCAUCCAUUUUUGUUGGAAGCUGAACUGUGGGCAUGAGCAAAAUUGUAGGGGUCAAGCUACAUGAGUUUUCCAGCCACCCCUCUCAUUGUGAGGGUAUUUUUGUCAUCAUGGAAAAGGGCUUGGCACCUAUAGGAACCAGCAUUCCUCACUCCUAUAAAAAGAACAUUCUCUGUUAGUUUUGCACUGUGUAUUUGUGUCAUAAUGCAACAUGUAUUCCUAAAGCACUUGUGUACAGAUUGUCAUGUGAAAGCGUAGUGACUAGCAUUGAAAGUGCGUAUAGCCUACAGCGAAGGGCUUUAAUAUUAUUAUUAUUAUUAUAUAUGUAUGUAUGUAUGUAUGUUCCUACAUAUUUGUCGGUCCAUUGUUGUGUACUGUAAUAUUUCCUAAUCAUGAUUCUUGGCUGACUGUGCAAUCAGCAAAAAAGUGUUGAGUCUGCAGCGACAGUGUUAUUUUUUUUCAGGCGUUAUAAUUUGUUUAGGCGACGUGCCCGGCUGUAAAUGAAGCUAUUUCCUGUUUCUUCUCCAUCGUUCGUUGAGUUAUACGAAAAGUACCGUAACAUUAACUGAAAUCAUUUUGUUCACUUCGGUAGAAAAUAAAGGGCAUGGUGAUCACAGAAGGGCUUCAAACCUUUACUCAGGUAAUUAUGGACCAACUAGUGCCAGUUUAGAAAUACCCAAAACACCUUUAUCCUGAGAAGACCCGGCCGAACCAUCUGAGGUCUUAUGCAUUAAACACGUCUCUGAAUGUGCUGAUGUAAAAUCAGCUCUCAUUAGCUCAGAUUGAUAACAUUGUGUACAUAAAAUGUUUUUAAAAUCCGUUUUUACUCUCAUCUUUAAUAUAUAUAAAAAUAAUACAGAUUUGUAAUAGGGCUGCAUGAACUUUUUAUACUUACAAAAUUGUGAAUGCUGCAUGCCAUCGUGUGCCAAGGCUUCUUAUAAAUGUAGAUAUUUUUUUCUACGCUUGUUUGUAAUAUCCCUGUAUAUUCUUGUGUACAUAAUUUUGGAUAUGAUUUUAAAUCACACCUUUUGGAGUACACUGGUAACACUCGUGCGGUCUCUUACCUGUGUUGUAUGCAUUCAAUUUAAAUGUUUACUGAUGUCUUGUUUACUGAUAAUAAAAGCAAUAUCUUGAAGAA